UACUUUUAUGUGACUUGCGAAGACUAUAUAAAAACACCGAAUUUCGAUUUUCAAAAUGAAAGAUUUUCCGCUGAGAGGCAAAAUCCCGCGGUACUGAAAAGAGUAGCGAGAAACUUGUCGGGGAAGAAUCGCCAUGGAUGAUGUUGAUCGUUUGUUUGAAUGCUUCAAAUGCGGCGUCAAUCCUCCUGAAUCUGCAAUUAGAGAGAGAAAAACAAGUGUGAGUAGACUGAAGAAAGAUAAUUCAAGUGUUAAGGAUAACAACUCACCAAGUUCAGCAGGACAAGGCGAUAAAAUUACCCCGAAUGCAUGCAGAAGAUCAGAAAGUCUUGAUUCAGUGACAAAUAAAACAAACAAGCUCAUUGCUGGUAGGCAAAUUUCUCCUGGUGUGUUCUAUGGAUCACCACACGGAGUGCCUCCAAAGAGGCCAUCAAGUUUACUGCGGGUAUUGCGUGAAAUACACCUUGAUAUUGCUGGAAGACGUAAAUCCAACUUAAGGAAGCAAAUAUGGGCUACAUUUCCAAAACAGGAUGAUGCUAUGAAAUUUGCAAAAGAACAAGACAAUGUUCGCAUAUUCAGUUACCAAGACCACUUCAGUGGUCAAAGAAGAUUUCUUGUUUCAACCUAUCAAGAGUUCUGGAGAAGGUACAAGAAUAUGGAUUCGAAGUCACGUCAUCAUUAUGAGGUGAUUCAAGAGGGUUUCCCUUGUCAUCUCUACUUUGAUCUGGAGUUCAAUAGAUUGGAGAAUAUUGAUAAAGAUGGUAAUCAAAUGGUUGAUCUUCUAUUGCUGGUCAUGUUUGAGGCAUUAUAUGAGAAAUAUCAAAUACAAGGGGAAGAAGAUUGGGUUGUAGAACUCGAUUCCUCCACUGAAGCAAAGUUCUCUCGCCAUUUGGUACUACGUAUUCCAAAGGUGGCUUUCAAGGACAAUUCCCAUGCUGGUGCUUUUGUUUCUGAGUUGUUCUCACGAAUUUAUAGCGCAAGGGAGAAGGAUGCAAGAUUCCAGCAACUCUUUAUUUCCAAAGAUUCUAGCUCUGCAGGACCUUCUAUGCAACUAUUUGUGGAUAAUGCUGUAUAUACAAGAAAUCGUUGCUUCCGCUUAGCUCUAUCAUCAAAAGCUGGGAAGACCUCGGUGCUUCGGCCUACUGGGCGGUUCAAGUGUAGGGAUAUGUGUGAAGAAGAUGUUUUCAUGGCAUCCUUGAUCUGCAAUAUGGAUGACGACUGUGAAAAGCUUUUAGUCUGCAAAAUGGAUUUGGACUGUGUCAAAACUCUGCAGUUUGAUACCGAAGUUAAAUUUACUUGUAGAAGACCUGCUAGUGUUCUCCAAGAAUUCCCAGCUAAUAUUUGCGGAAGUGAUGUCUCAAGAUCUUAUCUAACGGGAGCAUCUCCAUUUCCUUCCCUGGAUGCAUUCAUAGAAUCUGUUGCUUCUUUUGGAGCAGUGACUGGAAAGAUCCGAAGCUGGUAUUGGUUCUCUGAGUACAGGCUGCUAGUCUACAGUAUGUCAAAGAGCAGAUACUGUGAACGAAUUGGUCGAGAACACAAAAGCAAUCAUGUUAUGUAUGUGGUAGACCUACAGUGGGCACUUUACUAUCAGAAAUGUUAUGAUCCUGACUGCCAAGGCUAUCGGUCUCCCUCUCGUCCCAUUCCGAAUGAUCUGAUCCCUGAAAUACCCAGUGAGAGGCACACAGGAGUUCUUGAUGAUGCCCUAGCUGAAAAUAAGUUUGAGCUAGCUGAUAAUGACCCGGAAUUUAUGGUCCAAAAUGGUCAAGAAAGCAUGAUAGAUGAAGACAGUGAUGAUAGUUGGUGGUUUGAAGCAGUGAAAGCUGCUGACAAUAUUGAAAAUGUUGGAAAUUUAUUACUCAGUGCCAUGGAUAAUGCUGCUGAAGAUGAUGAUGAAUGGUGGAUGGAAGUUGAGAGGACUGCAUCUCAGGCUGAAUUAAACUGCCACAGUUGAAGAUGUUGUAGACAUUCCCAUGCCGGUCUUCUAGCUCAUCCUUUUUCACCAGACAUCAUGUAUGUUUCUCUGGACUUCACAGAAGAUACGGUAAUCAUUUCUCCCUCGAUUCUACAUUCAUUUUCACACUUGGGAUUGUCAUGGAGGUUAAGAAUAUUAGUUAAAUGUGUAAAAGUAAAACAAAUUGAAGAAAAAAGGGAAGAGAAACUGGUCAAAUGAAACAGAGAUUUAAGGGAUGGAGUUAGAAAAAGGAACUGAAGGCGAUAGAUGAAUUUGGGAUCGAGGGAGUAUCUUAGUAGUAUGCAGACUCCAGAGAGGAGUUCUCUGACAUAUUUCCUGUAGAAAGCAACCUACUUUUUCCUAUCUUCUACAACUAAUCAAGAGGGCAUUUGGUGAUUAACACCUGCAACUCUGAAGUUGUGCAUUUUCCAGAGGAAAUCUGUGGCUAACUGCAGCACAGCAGCAGUGGGUUUACUUAUAAACAAGGGAUUAAGGAAGCUGCAGAGUCGUAAUCUACUUGUAAAGUUUGAAGUUAAGCUCUGAAAGAGUGUUAGAUGUCCUAAAUUCAUGUAUAAUCAGUUUUUAGGAGUUCUAUCAGUAAUUAUUUAUCAUCAAGUAUGGCUGUAUGGGAUGCAGUACACCAUAUUUUGCCUGACCUGUAAUCGAGCUGGGGUUGAACUGCUUGAUAAACAUUGAAUUAUUUGAAAAAAACUACCAUGAAA